AUGAGGACACCACACCGAAUUCCGAAAUCCCCACACCACUUGUAUAUCUAUGUUGUGCCCCACAGUGUAGAUGGGCCAACAGCUUCCUCGUAUCCUGAGGAACCUCAGACUGUGCAGGACCAGGCCUGCCUUCCAAGAGGGAAGAGGUUCUCCUGUACUGAGUGCGGGAAACGUUUUUCAGAUAAGCACUAUUUUUAUAAACAUCAGAAAUUGCACGCAUGUGGGAAUCCCUAUUUGUGCCCCGUGUGUGGGAAAAUCUUUUCAAGUAAUUCCUAUCUUUCCAUACAUCAGAGAUCUCACACGGGGGAAAAGCCGUAUUGUUGCUCUCUGUGCGGGAAAUGUUUUUCACACAAGUCCAGUCUGAACAGCCACCAAAGGACUCACACGGGCGAAAAGCCAUAUUCCUGCCCUGAGUGCGGGAAAUGUUUUUCACACAAGCCCAGUUUUAUUAGCCACCAACUGUCUCACACGGGUGACAAGCCGUAUUCCUGCCCUAAGUGCGAGAAAUGUUUUUCAAAGAAGUCCUUUCUUACCACACAUCAGAGAACUCACACGGGGGAUAAGAGGUUCUCCUGUCCUGAGUGCGGGAAGAGUUUCCGCUAUAAAUCCCGUCUUAACGCUCAUAAAAGGUCUCACACUGGUGAGAAGCCAUUUUCCUGUCCUGAGUGCGGGAAAUGUUUUUCAAAUAAGUUCAACCUCUCCAUACAUCAUAGGUCUCACACAGGUGAGAAGCCACAUUCCUGCUCCAUGUGCGGGAAAUUAUUUUCAGAUAAGUUCAGUCUUUCUGCACAUCAGAGAUUGCACCCGGGAAAGAAGCCGUACUCCUGUCCUGAGUGCGGGAAACGUUUUUCAGAUAAGUACUAUCUUUAUAAUCAUCAAAGAUUGCACACAGGGGAAAAGCCUUUUUCCUGUCUUGAGUGCGGAAAAUGUUUUGUACAAAAAUCAGACCUUGUGAAACAUCAGAGAUCUCACACGGGGGAGAAGCCCUAUUUUUGUUCUGAGUGCGGGAAAUGUUUUUCACAGAAGUCCAAUCUUAACAGCCACCAAAGGUCUCACAUAGGUGAGAAGCCGUAUUCCUGCCCUGAGUGCGGAGACGAUUUCGUACAAAAAUCAGAGCUUGCCACACAUCAAAGAUCUCACACGGGAGAGAAGAAGUUCUCCUGUACUGAGUGCGGGAAGCGUUUCCGUUAUAACUCCCGUCUUAACGUUCAUAAAAGGUCUCACACAGGUGAGAAGCCAUUUUCCUGUCCUGAGUGCGGGAAAUGUUUUUCAGAUAAGUACUAUCUUUAUUAUCCUCAAAGAUUGCACACAGGUAAGCAUCCGUAUUCCUGCCCUAUUUGCGGGAAAUGUUUUUCAAGUAAGUCUCGUCUUUCCAUACAUCAGAGGCUGCACACGGGGGAGAAGCCUUUUUCCUGUCUUGAGUGCGGAAAAUGUUUUGUACAAAAAUCAGACCUUGUGAAUCAUCAGAGAUCUCACACGGGGAGAAGCCGUAUUUUUGUUCUGAGUGCGGGAAAUGUUUUUCACAGAAGUCAAAUCUUAACAGCCACCAAAGGUCUCACAUAG